AUGAGGGAGGCGGCGCUGGGGAGCCGAGGGCCGCCGCCGCCGCCGCCGCCGGGGGGCGAGCGGCGCGGGGGCGGCGGGGGCCGUCGGGCGCGGGCGCUGCUGGCGGUGGCGCUCAACCUGCUGGCGCUGCUCUUCUCGGCCACGGCCUUCGGCACGACGCACUGGUGCGAGGGGACGCAGCGGGUGCCCAAGCCCACCUGCGGGCCGCGCAGGCGGACAAACUGCCUCGACUACGGCUACGACGACGCCGCGGCGGGCAACCGGACGGCCGGCAACGGCUCUGCCCCCGCCAACGUGGUGCGCUACAGCUGGGAGACGGGCGACGACCGCUUUCUCUUCCGGUACUUCCACGCCGGCAUCUGGUACUCGUGCGAGGAGAACAUCAACACGCCCGGUGAACAGUGCCGAAGUUUUAUUGACCUUGCUCCUGCUUCAGAGAAAGGGGUCCUGUGGCUCUCGGUGGUCUCGGAGGUGCUGUACAUCCUCCUGCUGGUGGUGGGCUUCAGCCUCAUGUGUCUGGAGCUCCUGCACUCCAACAAUGUGAUCGAUGGGCUGAAGCUCAACGCUUUCGCUGCCGUCUUCACUGUGCUGUCAGGGCUUUUGGGCAUGGUGGCCCACAUGAUGUACACGCAGGUAUUCCAGGCGACUGUCAGCCUCGGCCCGGAAGACUGGAGGCCCCAUGCUUGGGACUAUGGCUGGUCCUUUGGCCUGGCCUGGGCCUCCUUCACCUGCUGCAUGGCGGCCUCCGUCUCUACGCUCAACUCCUACACCAAGACGGUCAUUGAGUUCCGGCACAAGCGCAAAGUCUUUGAGCUGGGCUUCCCAGGGGACCCCCUCUAUGCAGACCACGAGCCCCCGAAAAACUUCCAUGGCAGGACUGCACAAUACCCAGUUAUGAAAUCCCAGAGAAACGCGGGCCACCAGAACGGCCAGAGAAGAUGCUCCUUGGCCCCGUCGAGCUCUUCCACCCAUGCGGCAAACGCGUCCUCGAUUUCGUCAGGGCCCGCCAGCCACGUCUCCUCCCCAGAAGUGGGGUGGGGGGCUGCUGUGGCAGCCGCUCAAGCUGCCGCUGGCUGCAGAUCGACGGAGCGCCGAGAUCCACUGGCACAGGUGGCGGUGACGGCAGGGUCCGGAUCUGUGGCUCUGCAGCGUCAGCCGAGGCCGGCGUCUCACCUGCCCACCUGGAGGACGCAUCUGACAAGCGGGCCAGAGAGCCUCGCGCCAAGAGCCGUGUCAGCCAGUCGUGAUAACCACCCCCACAGCCAAGAGCCCAUGGCUGCCCCAGCAGGCAACCUGCAGGCAAGGAGACCGUGUGCCCAGCUAAAGCGCCCUGCGAGCACUGCCCGAGCCGACGGGCCUGCGAAGGCCGAGGAAGAGGAAGGCCUGAGGAGAGGCUUUGUGACCCGGCGGGAGUUCCUGGCUGUGGAGCAGGAGCUGGAGGCCGUCCAGGAGGAGCUGAAGUGCCUCAGGUGGAAGGUGAGGCACAUCGGGGAGACGGUCCAGCCGCUGGCAGAGGAGAGCAAGCGCUACAACGGCUACACCCUGACAGAGCUGCGGGCCAUGGCGCAGUCCGAGGAGGACCCCCACCAGGCCGCCCAGAAGAUCCUCAUGGCGCUCUUCAGCGACGUCUACCUGCUGCAGCGCUGCGCCCCUGGCCAGGCCUGCCACGCCCGGAGCCUGUCCCAGCCCAUCGACCCGGAGCUCUACAUGGUGUACUGCCACAUCCUGCAGAGCAUCUUCCCCGGGACGGGCGGCCACACCCCGAGGGAGCGGACCCAGCAGGUGUAGGGAGACCUGGAGCCCCGCCUGGGGGACGGCCCUUGCGGUGCGCCGGAGGGCCCUGGGAAGGGCUGCCCCCUCCUGCCGCUGGCCAGAGGACCCUGUGGGGCUGGCGCAGGAAGAUCUGGACCGCCGGCACAGGAUCGGUUUUUAACACAACAAAAAUAUAUGUGCUGCUGCUGGUGUUCUUUUGCAA